GAAGCAUUGAUGGAAAUUGAAAAGUAUCCUUACUAGUUAGUCUUUGCGAUUCAUAUAAACAAUUGUUGUAAAACAACCAGGCCUAGCACAAGAAAUCAUUUCACAUCUUGUGGCAAGUCUGCCAGCAAGCUUUCAACAAUUUGCGUUCGCGGUGCUUUUCCGAAGUUGUCAACAAGUUUGGAACGACUUGUUAUCAACUUGUUAACAACUUGUAACAACCUUGUUGAUAUUAUCACACUUGUUGGAAGGUUGUUCCAACAAAUCCGAUACAGUCAUGAUAUAACAAUAUUGUUACAACCUUGUGUCGUCAACCUUGUAACAUUCUUGGUAUAUCGUGACUGUAUCAGACUUAUUAGAACAACCUUGUGAAAAGUUUGAUAAUGGCAUCAUGCUUGUUACAAGUUGUUAACAGCUUUUUCCAAACUUGUUACAACAACUGGGAACAAGCAGUGCGAACACAACUUGUCGACAGCUUGUGAACAGAUUUGUAACAACUUGUUUGCAGACUUGUAACAACUUGUGCGUUUUUACGUGUGUAGCGCAAGAAAUCAUUGCUGUGUUGCGUCUGUAUGCCGUGUUUCCUUGACUGUGUUUCCCCCAGGUACAAAUCUUCGCUACGAAAACUGUUUAAAAAACAAGGAUAUUCAUGUGUCAUAUACGAAAGGAAUUUUAUCACCCAUCAUCUACAGAUACAGGUUGGUCUAUGUUUACUUUCACUUCGAAACCGGGGUUCGAUUCGCUUGUUCUGUUUCACAAAUUUAUUUCGAUCAAUAAUGCAUCAAAUAUAUUACCAAGUCUAAGAAUAAUAGUUACAUAAAAAGAAAUAACUUAUAAAUCGAAGAUGCGAAAACGCAAGGUACGAACGGGACCCAUGCAAGGCCCCUGCCAAAAAAAUUUUUAACUCCCUUUUCAAAUGGCAGAACUCCCUUUUCAAAUGGCAAAACACUGUUUUCAAAUGGCAGAACUCCCUUUUCAAAUGACAAAACUCAUUUUUCAAAUGGCAGAACUCCCUUUUCAAAUGGCAAAACUCCCUUUUCAAAUGGCAAAACUCCCUUUUCAAAUGGCAAAACUCCCUUUUCAAAUGGCAAAACUCCCUUUUCAAAUGGUAAAACUCCCUUUUCAAAUGGCAAAACUCCCUUUUCAAAUGGCAAAACUCCCUUUUCAAAUGGCAGAACUCCCUUUUCAAAUGGCAGAACUCCCUUUUCAAAUGGCAAAACUCCGUUUUCAAAUGGCAAAACUCCGUUUUCAAAUGGCAGAACUCCCUUUUCAAAUGGCAGAACUCCCUUUUCAAAUGGCAAAACUCCCUUUUCAAAUGGCAGAACUCCCUUUUCAAAUGGCAGAACUCCCUUUUCAAAUGGCAGAACUUGGUUUUCAAACGCCACAAUUCCGUUUUCAAAGUUAACUUGCAUGUAACUUACAACACCAGGUAAUUCCUGUUCCAAACGAGAAAGCGGAUGAUUUGAAAGGUUUGUUCAUGGAAAUGGGCAGCGAAAAGAACAUGGAAUUUGAUAUGUUGGAUGAUGAAACUGAUUUGAAGGAGGUGAGUGAAGAGACGAAUAGUUUCUGACCUUUUUUCAAAAAGCGGUAUCAAUUUCCCGUGCGUAAUACAAAGUGACUGAAAAACGGGAAACUUCGCAAGGCUGUAUUAUCCGCAUUUCACAACAUUUCGCAACGAAACUUUGGAAUAUUACUAAUUUUGUGAUGCUCUUUCUAGCUGUGAUGAAAGUUUUGUCUAGACUUGUCUGGAUCAAGCCCUUCUCACCGAUUUUUUUCACAGCCCCCCCCCCCUAUUUAUUUUUCACCAAGUCGUACAAAUUUUUCCCAAAAAUGUUGUCGGGGGGGGGGGGGGUUACUUAACAUUUGCAAUGGACUUUUAUUACCAAGCUUGUUCAUGCAGAUUGUUCGUCCGCAAGUUCCGUUCUUCUUGGUGGAAUUCGACGAUGGAAGUCGAUUGCUUCAUCGAGUAAGGAAAAAAAUGCCUCUUCAGUUCGGAAGGUAAGACUGCAUACCUUAAACAUUGAUAUACUAGUUAAAACAUGAGCAGCAUUGUUUUAUCAGAUAUAAAGAUACGAGGCGAAGCCGAGUAUCUUUAGGUCUGAUAAAACACGCACUGCGAAUGUUUUAAAUUGCUUCAAAAACGAUCGAUCUAGUAAGUUCAUUGGCGAAGUAAUUUUCGGAAAAUACGUUCGUAAGUCGAGAAAAUCAAAGUUAAAGUUUAUGUAAAUCAAGGGAAAUCUUCACAUAUAAAGAUACGACACGCUUAUGAUUUUUCUGUGGACUUGAAUGACUUAGAUUCUUGCACUUCACUUGGUGGAAUUAAUAUUAGGGCCGUAGGUUCAAUUCCUACCAGAGGACCUUGUGCUGCAUUUUUCGCAGUCGUUCCUGGUUAGGUCUUAAAAUGUAUAUAUUCUCACUUGGAUUACAAACCCUAACAUCCUAAUUAUGAUUUUUCUCUGUGUUAUCCUCAUGAAUCAUUAAUGAGUUUUUAAAGUUUAGCAUGAGAAUAUACUGCUCGACUAAAGAAAAACGUUUCUACCCUUAGAGAAGUGUUGGCCAGUCAUUCCGUCUUGGAUAUGGAAGAGAGGGUGGACUGGAAAUCUUGUAAAGUUUCCAUGGAAAUAGAGAAGAAAAUGACGGGAGAUUUUCGAAAGAAAUUUCAACCAUUUGAUUUCAGCUUGGCGUAAGAAUGAUAGAGUUUAUGCUUACCAGCUACGAAACGUUGAUGACAAAUCCAUGUAGUGUCAAGAUGAUGUUCUUGUUGUGCCGCUAUGAAGCCAGUCAUGGUUGCUGAUGAACAGAGUGUGAUGUCCUCCAGGGAUAUUUAUAAAUUUCAAGAAUCAGAGGAGGUAAUAUAGAGCUAAUUCAAAAAAGCUUGUCCUUUGCAAACCUUACGCCCGUAUUCUAAAAGCUCACUCACACUCAAUGAGUGCAGGUUCAAUCUGAGCUUCUCUUGAGUGUCAAUGCUGUUUUUGAAUAGCUGGAGGGUGAGUAGUCACCGAGUAAGGUAUGACACUAGCCCUCCAGCUAUUCAAAAACAGCAUUAACACUAAAGAGAAACUCAGAUUGAACCUCCACUCAUUGAGUGUGAGUGAGCUUUUAGAAUACGGGCGUAAAACUCUAAACCUUAAACCUUCAACUCUAAGCGUGCGAAGCAUAAUGGGAGCAUAAUUUAAUGAGUUUAGAAAUCAUAUAUGGGGCCCAUUUCUUAGAGACAUGGUAAAUAUCGCCUUACGAGAACAAUUCAUUCACAAAAAGCUUCAAUAUUCAACUACUAAGCUUGAAACUUGUGCUCCCAUUAAGAUUUGCGCGCUUGGAGUUUAGAGUUUAAGGUUUGCAAAGGGCAACCUUCUUUGAAUUAGCUGUAUCAUAAUCAUAUCGUUAUUGUACGACAAAUGAAAAGCACGGCUCUGAAACCAUGUCGAAUCUGUGACCUCGACUUUGUGUGAACAAUAUUGUGAAUCUUCGGAUUUCUUGAACAGCACACGUUACAUUUAACACUUGACAGCUUUUGUUACUAAAGUUUUUAAUUUUAUCGUUAAAUUGUUUUAAUUAGUUUUUGUACAAGUAUAUUGUAUUUUUGUUCCAGUAUAGAGGACUGUUCAUUACGUUCUUUAUUACUUUCGUUCAUAUGUAAAGCUUAAAAUUUCACUUAAUUUUGAAAAGGCAAUGUUUCUCCUGCAAUUCGCAAGCCAUUUUCAGAUACACACCAACGCUAUGUAAAAGUACUCGCAGUCUCGCAUAUAUAGAUUGAGAUCUUGGUCUGAUAUUUUACACCCAAGAAAUGAACACGCAUGAAAAAUAUCGGAGGAGCCAAACUCAAUGUACCUUUCUACAAAGUCAAAGGAGCAAAACUCAGAGUACUUUUCUACGAAACAUAUUUUUGUAAUGCAACUUGCAAAUUGCAGUAAAAUUCCAUCAUAUAACAAAUUCUGUACUCUUUAUCUUCCAGAAUUUAAAAUUCUAAAUACCUAAAGAUCGGACCUAUGGGUAAUAAAAUUAACAGGUGAUAGAGUUGUGUAUAUUUGUAGAAUGAAACCCAGUACAUGCUGACUGGCAAAGUGGCAAUUUUUCCUUGAUAGGUUUCAUUUGCUCGUGUGUGCGGCAAAAAAGUGUCAAUGUUUCUUUGCCAAGGAAUCUUGUUCCAAAAGCUAGUCUUGCCAGUUUUUGGACAAGGAAAAUUUGUUCGUGUGUACGGCUGUCAAGGAAAAUUUGUUGUGUGUACGGCUGUCAAGGAAAAUUUGACAAAUGUACAAGAAAUACUUCUAUGGUUCUGGCAAACAAAAGGUGGCCUUGACGUGAGAUAAAUGUUUAACAAACAACGAGCAGCAAAACUUAUCAAGAAAAACUAAUGAAUGAUUCCAGCUAUAUAUAGACUAAAAUCUAGGCCAGAAGAACAAAAUCCAUCGCCACAGCUAGAAAUUAGUAAAAUGGCAAAGUUUGGUUGCGAAAUGUUGUAAAAUGAGGAAAAUAUAGCCCUACGAAAUUUGCAAAAUUUUGUAUUAAUUUGUAUUACGCACGGGAAUUUGCACCACUUUCGGCCAAAAUGUGGUGCAUUUUCCUGCGCGUAAUACAAAUUAAUACAAAAUUUGCAAAUUUCGUAGGGCUAUAUUUUCCUCAUUUUACAACAUUUCGCAACCAAACUUUGCAAUUUUACUCAUUUUAACAUGCUCUUUCUAGCUGUGGUGAUGGAUUUUGUUCUUCUUGCCUAGAUGGAAUUGCCCAUUGUUGAAUGUCGACCGCACAUACGAGAAGGUAAACUUGUCAAGGACACAUGCUCACAUUUAGUAUCAGAGUCCUAAAAUAAAUGUUCCAAAUCAUUCGUUAUGUGUAUUCGUUUAGUCCUCUUGCAAAAGCAGCUCUCAGUGAAUAAGAUCUGUUUCCAUACAGCAGCCAGUCUUUAGAACUAUAUAAUCUACUAUGAUGCAAGACCGUGCGAAUGAAACGACAGGUAAAAUCUUUUACUUCUUCAUUUCCGCCAUGAUAGAUUUCACCUUUCGAAUAUAUUGAUUUUCAGUUGAAACCAGACAUAGGGAUAGUAUUCUUUAGGACCAAGUGUUAGUCCGGGUAUAUCAACUUGCUGUA